GCUGCUGCCUCUCCGCCGAAGAGAAGGAGUCGCAGCGCAUCAGCGCCGAGAUCGAGCGGCGGCUGCGCCGGGACAAGCGGGAGGCCCGGCGGGAGCUGAAGUUGCUGCUGCUGGGCACAGGAGAAAGUGGCAAGAGUACGUUCAUUAAACAAAUGAGGAUUAUUCAUGGAUCGGGUUACACAGAAGAAGACAGGAAAGGCUUCACAAAACUGGUUUACCAAAACAUAUUUACUGCCAUGCAAGCGAUGAUCAGAGCCAUGGAUACUCUCAAGAUACAGUACACAUCCAAAGAGAAUGAGGAGAACGCUCAGAUGAUCAAAGAAGUAGAAGUGGAUAAAGUGACAGUGCUAGGAAGAAAUCAAGUUGAAGCAAUCAAGAAGCUCUGGGAAGACCCAGGAAUUCAAGAAUGCUAUGACAGACGGAGGGAAUUCCAGCUCUCAGACUCCGCUAAGUAUUAUCUUACUGACCUUGAUCGUAUUGCUAUGCCCUCAUUUGUGCCAACUCAGCAAGAUAUUCUUAGAGUCCGAGUGCCAACAACAGGAAUUACUGAAUAUCCUUUUGAUUUAGAAAAUAUUAUAUUUAGGAUGGUGGAUGUAGGUGGCCAAAGGUCAGAAAGAAGGAAGUGGAUCCAUUGUUUUGAAAGUGUUACUUCCAUCAUUUUCUUAGUUGCAUUAAAUGAAUACGAUCAAGUCUUGGCAGAAUGUGACAAUGAGAAUCGAAUGGAAGAAAGCAAGGCCUUAUUUAAAACUAUCAUUACAUAUCCCUGGUUUCUGAAUUCUUCAGUCAUUUUGUUUUUAAAUAAAAAAGAUCUUCUAGAAGAGAAAAUCAUGUAUUCCCAUCUAAUUAGUUACUUUCCAGAAUACACAGGACCUAAACAAGAUGUCAAAGCUGCCGGAGACUUCAUUUUGAAGCUGUAUCAGGAUCAGAAUCCGGACAAGGAGAAAGUAAUCUAUUCCCACUUCACUUGUGCCACAGACACAGAAAAUAUUCGCUUCGUCUUCGCUGCUGUCAAGGACACAAUCCUGCAAUUAAACCUGAGGGAGUUCAAUCUGGUUUAAAGAAAAAAACAUGGUUGCAGUCACAAAGUGUAGCUUACUCAUAGCACAGCCUAUGCUGAUAAAGAAGAAAGAUGUCUUUUCAAAUACCGCACAGAAACAGGAGGAGGAUUUAUAUUGACUGAAGAAGUAUGGAUUAAGAGAACUUUAAAGAAUGAGCUUCAAAGCUUACCUUUUAAGCUAUACAUUUAAAAUAUUGUGUUCAUAUUUCCCGUAUUAGUUUUGUGAGUUAUCUUUUAACAGCUGUGGGAAUUAAGUAUAUUAAGAAGAAUGUAAGUAACUGUUGCUGUCCAGCUGGUAUUUUCUUAAGAUUUUUCUUUUUUUUCCCCCUUUCUUUUUUAAAUUUUAUUUAGCAUUUACAAUCAUAGCUUAUAAAAUUUCAAACAGCGGUGUCUUAAAAAUUACAAAUCAAUGUUAUUUGUAGUGCUAGACAUAUUUUUGUUCUGAACAAUGUAUUAGAAAGACGAGCAUAAACCUAUUACACUUCUUAGAAGCAUCUCUUUAGAAGCAGUGAUAGGCCAAACAAAAACUAAUAAUCCAGAAAUUGGAAUACAAUAUUCUAAAAUACAAAAGAUUCAUCACUGGUAACCUUUGCAUAUCACUGCCUUUUUGUUCAAGUGCCUUACAAAAAUAAAUUUAACAGUUAAGAAAUGGCAGAUUACGAUCUUGGAGGCAGUCCAUGGAGUUUAUUCCUUUUUGAAGGGGAAAAGCGUUUCUCAAAGAGGCAGGCAUUUAGCAAACGUUCUGUCUUCACUGUCACAGGAGCUCGGAGAUCAUCCACAGCUGCCUGCAAUAAACUAGGCCUUAAAUUCCUCCAGGUCACUAACAUAACUUGCUUUUUUUGCACUUUUCCUGUGAUUGAGCUUCACAGGUAGUUUAUAAUGGAUUUCUCCUCUAGAAGAUUUGCAGCCAUUUCCCCAUCUCCUCUGCUUCCUGUCCCCCUACAAACCUUUCUAAAGAUGGCAGUACCACUCGUAGGCCAGCCAGUUCUUCUUCACUGGGUCAAAAAUUCUCAGACCAAAUAAUAAAGAUACCAGGGCAAUCCUGAAACCUUUUUUACCCAUGCAAACUUUGGGGUAGUCACUGGCACUUGAUCAGCUAACCCAGCAACACUGGUAAGGAGAGUCUUUUAGUAGAAGAGUUUGCUAUUAGCAGUCAUUCAAUCCAAAAGGUGUGUUGAGAUUCUCCUGUAUUUAAAUACAUGAAAACUCUGUUUUUCCAGGAAGAAAUAUUAUAGCAAUAGUUCUUGGUAUUAUCAUAAAAUAGCUAUCUCUAUGCAGCACAGAAAAAAAAAUAAAUCAAGUUAUAUUGAUUUUUCAGCUCGAGUAGGGCUUCUGUGUCUUCAGCCGGGUUGAUAACACUCAUAGUUCAGCCCUGUGAAAAGCACACCCCGACCUUCCACUGCCCAUAAAAAAAAUGUUUACUCUUUCACAUAAUGAAGAGCACAGUUCCCUUUUGUCCAGCAACACAGAAAAAAAAAGCAUGCUCAGAGCUGGUUUUGGUUGCUAGGGUGAAAACAGCCUGUACCAUUUGAGUCAUUCAUUACUUCUUCAGUGCUGCAACAAGCAGGAGGAGCCUGUUCUUACCCUGGGAGGGAGGGACAGUGACCGAUGGGUUGUGCCCGCAGUAGGGGAUGGAGGGAACAGCAUGGCGGGUACCCCCCUGGGAUGAGGAACAGGGCACAGAGCCACAGCCCAGGGGGAGUGACAGAAAGCAGAGGAUAAACCAGCACCUCUGUGUCUGUGAGGUCCGUGUCCCCCACGUGUCAUCUCUGCCCUCCCUCAGGAGCACUGGACCAGACCUCAGACCUGCUGUCCUAAACUAACCACGGUUGCUCAAAAAAUAAUUCAAAAGCAUUUCUUGUCGUGAAAUCUGUAGAUAUUGGAGGUUUACAGUGCUUAAGGAAUUCCAGCCACAUGAAAAGAUGAUGACAAAAACGCUUUCAGCAGAUGCAAUGGAGGAAAGCAUAGGAAAUGCUCAAACCUUUGAACUUCUCAAUCCAGUUUGGAGCCCCUUACAGAAAACAGGUUGCCCAGGGAGUUGGUUGAGGCCCCAUCCCUGGAGAUAUUCAAGGAGAGGCUCGAUGAGGCCCUGGGCAACCUGGUCUAGUUGGGGGUGCCCCUGCUGACUGCGGGGGGGGGUCGGACUAGAUGACCUUUGGAGGUCCCUUCCGGCCUGGGAAAUUCUAUGUUUCUAUGAUUCUAUGAAAAACCACUGUUGGAACUCUUCACAGUUUCGUACCCUAAGCUGAGAUCUGCUGUCUAUGUGAGGAGUGCAUUGGCGCCCUGAAUUCGGGAGCCUGGCUUUGCUGGAAUACAGGCUUUGCAGACCGAGUUACCAUUUCACAGGGCCCAUCAGUACAAGAAUGCUUUUCUUUCACACAACAUUUAACUGCCCUCACAAGGGCAGUUACCGAGACUAACUUCUGCAUAUAGUUCUCAAUCUGCUUCAUGCAAUAAGGAAUGAAAACCCACAAAGAUAAAAAAAACUGGGAGACAUCCAGCAAAAAGAGAAUUCAGGUUUUCUGCCUUUUUGCCAAUUAGUCUUCUACCUCUUAAUGCCUGUUCUGGCAGUCACAUUCAUUUAAGCCUUUGAUAUGGUGAUCCACAGACAAGGAGUUAAUAAACAUUAAUAGCAUGCACGUUCUUUUACUCCUUACAGGAGGAGACUUAAAAGCCACUUUACUCCUCCCUUGAAGUAUUACAAGAAUAUUUAGAAUUCUUGUUCCAGAUUCACCCUGAAAAUAAUCAAAACCUUUUUAUAAAAAUCCUGUGUCUGCUGUGAGUGGAAUUUUAGAUCCUUCAAUCCCCCUUGUAGUCACAAAAGAAAAAACUGUGACCAAGAUGUUGUUGCAUUUCUUAGGUUAAAUAACAAGGCUUAGGCUCCUAGGUGACUAGAUGACCUUUAAACGUCCCUUCCAGCCCAAACUAUUGUAUGAUUCUGUGCAUAUACUGAAAAUUCCAGAGUAAUCCACCAGCAAGAAUAACAGGCAAAUGUUAGCUGAGGAACAGAGUUACAGGCAGGAAGAAAGGUGUGCACUAUCUGCUGAUUUGUUCAGUUACAGACAGAAAAGCAAAAGGCAUUAAAGAAUUGCAUAACCACACUAUGACAAGUUGCAUUUCAAGAGAUGAUGAUUAUAAAGACAAAUGUUUUCUGUAUGAAAAUGUGAAAUGCUUUGUAAAAUAUUGAUCUGCAUAAUGAAACAAUUACUGUAAUACACAUGAAAAGCAAAUCUAAGUCAGAAUCACUUUGCAUCAAAUACACAGUGCAUAUUAAGAAGUAUUUUUCACCAACAGUUCCCACAUUUAAUAGCGCUUUUCUUUUGAAAUACAUGGUGUCAAUGGUGACAUGGUGUCAAUUCCUUUACAAAAAUGGAAAACAAACACACAAACCUUUCCAUAAUAUUGCAUUAAUUUCCAUAAUAAUUGCACACAAUAGUGAAACAGGUCCUUCGCCCAGUCUGGUUUAGUAACAUGUUUAAGCGUAGAAACUGAGACCCUUCCUCGACAAAAGUUACAGAUAAAUUGAUCAACAUAGGAAUAAAAAACCAAAACCGCAGCUUGGUAAUUAACUGUUAG